AUGGGGCCCCCGGGCAAUAGGGGAUCAUGGGGCCCCCCUGUGUCCUUGCCCAAACUCAAAAAAAAAAAAGCCUUUGAAAAGGUACCAGGGCAUCUCAUGGGGCCCCCUACUGACCCCAAGCCCUCGUGCCAGUGCCCGAGUUUCAAAAUGGUCAGUCCGCCCCUGCAGCUGAUAUGUUUCUCUAUCCCCCCAAAACUGUAGUUGCCUGGCAUCUUUAUUGUGUGCUAUACGAAAAUGUUUUGAUAGAUAGUGAUGUUUUAAAACCUCUAUUUAUGUUAUAUACACAUGUUCCUUCAUUCUAUCUAUCAGAGCU